CCGAGGGCGCGGGGAGGCCAGGCGUUUGCGGCCAGGGCGGCGGGUGCAUCAUGCCUAGCCUGGGAGUCUUGGGCAGCGCCCGCUCCGGGCUGGGACUGUUGCUGGGCACCGCCGCGGGCCUUGGGUUCCUGUAUGCCCUUUACAGACAGCGGUGGAAACGGACCCAGCGCCAUGGCCAGAACCAGCUCCUGCCCAACUCACUGGACGUCACGCAGACUUCAGAGCCCAGACGCCAGGUGAGGCCGUUGCGAGCAGUCCCAGGUGAGGCUGGAGAUGCUGCGGUGCUGCCCAGCCUUCCACGAGAAGGGCAGGAGAUGGUGCUGGACCGCCUGGACUUCGUGCUGACCAGUCUGGUGGCACUGCGGCGGGAGGUGGAGGAGCUGAGGAGCAGCCUGCAGGGGCUUGCUGGGCAGAUUGUUGGGGAGUUCCGAUCCCACAUGGAAGAGAACCAGAGAGUGGCUCGGCGGCGAAGGUUCCCGUUUGCCCGAGAGAGGAGUGACUCCACCGGCUCCAGCUCUGUCUACUUCACCGCGACCUCGGGAGGCACAUUCACAGAUGCGGAGAGCGAAGGCGGUUACACAACAGCUAAUGCCGAGUCUGACUAUGAGCGGGAUUCUGACAGGGAGAGUGAAGACGGGGAAGAGGAAGUGAGCGGUGAGACCGUGAAGACGGGGAGAAAGGAUUCUCUGGACCUGGAGGCAGAGGUGGCUUCAGGCCCAGUUCCCAGAGCCCCGGAGGCUGAGGGCUCCCCUGGCCCGGACGUGCUGCCCCUCCUGCUGCAGGCCGACGAGCUGCACCGGGGCAGUGAGCAGAGCAAGCGGGAGGGCUUCCAGCUGCUGCUCAACAACAAGCUAGCGUACGGAGGUCGGCAGGACUUCCUCUGGCGCCUGGCCCGGGCCUACAGCGACAUGUGUGAGCUCGCGGAGGAGGCGAGCGAGAAGAAGUCAUAUGCGCAAAACGGAAAAGAAGAAGCGGAGGCCGCUCUGGAGAAGGGGGAUGAGAAUGCUGACUGCCACCAAUGGUACGCAGUGCUUUGUGGUCAGCUGGCUGAGCAUGAGGGCAUCCAGAAGCGCAUCCAGAGUGGCUUUAGCUUCAAGGAGCAUGUGGACAAAGCUCUUGCUCUCCGGCCAGAAAACCCUCUGGCUCACUUUCUCCUCGGCAGGUGGUGCUACCAGGUUGCUCACCUGAGCUGGCUAGAAAAAAAAACUGCUACAGCCUUAUCUGAAAGCCCUCUCAGUGCUACUGUGGAAGAUGCCCUGCAGAGCUUCCUAAAGGUUGAAGAACUACAGCCAGGAUUUUCCAAAGCAGGACGGGUAUAUAUUUCCAAGUGCUACAGAGAACUAGGAAAAAACUCUGAAGCUAGACAGUGGGUGAAGCUGGCCAUGGAGCUGCCAGAUGUCACUAGUGAGGAUUCAGCUUUCCAGAAGGACCUGGAAGAAUUGGAAGUCAUCUUAGGACACUAACCACAUUUCAGUGGCCUUCAUGACUUGAGAAAUACCACUACUUAAGGGGGUGAAAUCAAGCCUUUUCCCCCCCCUUAGACCUUGCUUAGAUCAGGAAACUGAGCAAGCCUGGUUAAGGGAGUAUCCUGAAUCCUGGUCUAACCAGUACCUGCUACCUACCAUUCCACUGGUUAAUUCCUUAAUUAAUCUGAAAGUGGGGAUGCACUCGAGGCCUGGGUUUCUGUUGUAUUCUCCCUUAAGUCAGUUCUUGAAAAAUCAAGACCUAUCCUAGGGCUGAGUGUGGGCAGAGAAUUGAAGGCAGCCUUCUAACUGCUGGUAAGAUGAAGGAACUUCAAAGAGUCAUAGAAACCAAACAGAGAACUUGUACUCUCUAAUCUGUCCACUGACUAAUAUUCAACCCCAAAUUAUAAAGCACAUUCCACAAGGAAG